AUGGCUGGUGUCGGUCCUGCACCCAUUCUCUUCAAUGAAUUCUUUCAGAUGUUCAUGAGGUGCAUGCCUCCAAAUGGUUGGCCAGUGAACUCCAAGAUCGCCGUUGGCAACUCGGGAGGACCAGAUUCCACCUGCUUGUUGUUCCUUCUUAAUAUGUUGCUUACCGACUUGCGCUCAAAGGCCAUGGCUAGACAAUCAAUCCCGACUUCAGUUGUUUCCCUCUCUGUCAACCAUAACCUCCAAGAAACUUCACAGUUGAUGGCAGCCCGCUCUGCAUCUAAUGCAGAAGCCAUGGGGGUUGAACAUCUGACGCUUGACAUACCCUGGGGAACACCACCGUUUUCUGCGAAACCUGUCGCUGGUCAGCCGGUAGAGCAAGUCGCGCGAGAGGCACGGUAUCAUGUCGUAUUUAAUGGGAUGACGCACACUGGCGCACACUCGGUCGCAUUCGGGCACCAUGCCGAUGACCAAGUAGAAACUUCGUUAAUGCGUCUCGCAAGGGGAACGACCGAACUUGGCGCAGGAGGCAUGCGACGAUGCCGCAGAUGGGGCAUGGGUACUGGGGAUGUAGAAGGUGGUCUUGGGUGGGUUGGUCACCAUGGAUUGAACCGUUGGAUUGUGAGACCUCUACUCGAGGUCAGGAAGGAUAGGAUCCUUGCUACAUGUGAAGAACAUCAGCUCGAUUACGUGAAUGACCCAACAAAUUUUCAACCUGAGAUCACAUUAAGAAAUGCGAUUCGGAAAAUGCUAACCCUGCAGGAAGAGGGCAAAGAUAUGGUGAUAUUUAUUUCUGAUGCAUAUCCAGCGUCGCUUACCAUUACACAGUCUGCACUUUCGGGGCUACCACAACAUAUUGCUAGCUCCCUCGAUAAAAUAAAAGUAGCUGCAGCUGACCUGCAGGACACACCAAUGGAUCUCACAGGUGGAAUCCAUCAGCUCCAUGGGGCAGUGAAAGUUCUUUCGUCUCGACUCGAGGAUGUUGAUAACGAGGUCACGUUCCACCUCAAAAACCUGACACUCCCUUCUCCUCCAAGUACUCUCAUCCUUUCCUCGCACGCACUGCCUGCUGUUGUAGAUCCAACCGUUCGUCUUGCGUUCGUUCUUCGGGUCAUGCGCUACGUAUCGUUCCAUCCAUGGGGUUCUAUGCGCGCGGACGGCAACCGACGCAGAACCAGCAUACAGCGCAUCAUCGAUACACUGUGGCAGUUUGAUGGUGCCCCACCAUUCACUGCAGGUGGUGGAGUGCUUUGGCAGCCUGCGAUAUUCAGCGCUAAGAAGCGACUCCGAGUGGGCACCCAAUGUCUUGGCCGCCAGUUACAACCAGGCGAGAGAUUUGCAUGGAUGGCAUCUAGACUGCCUGCUGUUCCCUACCAUGUAUUGGACACUGCAACACUGCCUCCAAAGUUGGAUGUCGAUGUCACAGAACGCCUCGCAACCGCCAUAAAUCGCGGUAACCCCUCUUUGGAGGUCCUCUUUGACUGCCGUUUCCUUGUGCGCUUUGAUCUAUCACAGGUUCCAGAAGAAUUGGUCGACGCUUUACGGAAAUACCAGGAGACGGGGGUGAACGUGCGGAUUAGGCCUCACACGAAAUUCUACUGGCCCAAGGUGGUACUGCGACAACCUUCUUGCCCAGAUACCAUACAUGCUACACUGUUGGAUGACGGACAGAUAGGCACGUUCGGGCGUGCGCCCUGGGUGUCCAUGGAAUACAUAAGACUGUUGGACGCGACCUAA